CCGUGGGUGGGAUCCCUCCCAUCAGAUCUGGAUCCAUCUUACCCAAAAAGCUCUGCCGUGGGUGUUUUUCUUAUUUUGGUGAAUAUUUCUGCAUCUUUUUGUUUAAUGUUCAAGCUUGUACAUGUUCCGUUUGAGAUUGAAUGAAAAAUCAAAAAAAAAAUUUGUUCAGUUCAUUUUGUCUGAUGAAUGAUAAAAUUGAGAUUGGAACACUAGAAUUUAUUACUAAAAGAAUUCAAUUUAUUAUUCAAACAAAUAACAAAGAAUCAUCAAACAAAUGAACAACAAAACCCACAUAUCAUCAAAUCCCAUCUCUCUCUCACCGUUUUCUCUAGUUUCUGCGUACCCUCACUCAGCGUCCCCUUUUUUGAACUCGGAAGCCCUUGGCUUUCCGAGUGUUUUGCCGCUUGAGCUGCCGGGCUCUUCGGCUGCUCAAGCCUCCUGGAGCCAGUUACGUCCUCCCUACUCCGAUGACCCCUGGGUGCUCUAUCCGGUGGUCGUCCAACCCUCAUGCGGAUCUACCGUGGUGGUUGUUGGGUUCCUAGAUCUGGUGGCCACCGCCGGUUUGGCUUCCCGCCUCGGCAUCCUGGAGACUAAGCGCCACUCCUUCACGAGUAGAUUGAAGGGUGUCCAGUUAUUUGGAUCGUUCGACCAGAGGAACUGGUAAUCAACUCCUUUGAGGUUGUCCGGGUGCAUUGUUCACCUCCCUUCUUUGCCAUUGCAAUUGGGUCUACUCCGGAUUUACUCUCCAGCUGUUCUCUCUCUGGUUGUUUUUUUUUACUCUUAUCCUGUGGAUAAGAUUUUCUGUAGAUGCCGUAAUGGCGGUGCUGUAAUACAAUGCUUUCUCUGUG